UUCACUGUUCACUCACGCAGUGGCGAUAAGCAGCGCUGCAUAGCGGGCGAGGAUGCUCUGUUCUCCCCCGCAUACACUCUCCUGUCUCAUGCUUUCCACGAUCAACAUGGAAGGGCUUUAGUAAUGCCCCUGCCCUCAAGCUAAUGAAUUAUAACUCGCCGUUUGAGACUGGACUUGCGUUAAAGCACUGGACUUUCCCUACCGAGUGGAUAACGCUGAGGUAUCUGCCGAAUAAUAAGUCUUCGGAAAAGAGGCAAAUUAUGCCAGCAGCACCAGAGUCCCUCCCUCUGGUGACGUGCCAGCCCAUUGGUCAGACCGCCCUGUGCCCCUCAUUUAGCCCCGCCCUCUCUCCUGGCAGAUCCAUGCUGCUGGACACGCCCCACAGAGCCACGCCCACAUCAUGAGUGCCAACGGGCCAGCCAACGCCCCUGCUGCCCCGGCUGCAACCCCAGUUGCCCCGCCGGUGCCCAGUCCGGUAGCCGCCCCUCCGGCUGCCCCGAUCCCGGUGCCGACUGUCCCGGUGGGCGCAUUGGCACAGAAGAAGCGGGCGCAGUACGCCAAAAGCAAGAAGCAGGGGAGCAACGCCAAUACCAGGCCAGCCAGGGCCCUGUUCUGCCUCAAACUCAACAAUCCCAUACGAAGAGCCUGCAUCAGCCUGGUAGAGUGGAAGCCAUUUGAUAUCUUUAUAUUAAUAGCUAUUUUUGCCAACUGUAUGGCCUUAGCUGUGUACAUCCCCUUCCCUCAGGAUGACUCCAACUCCACCAACCAUGACCUGGAAACGGUAGAACAUGUCUUCCUCGUCAUUUUCACUAUCGAAACCUUUCUGAAGAUUAUCGCCUACGGUUUAGUGGCGCACCAGAACGCGUAUGUGAGAAACGGAUGGAACAUGCUGGAUUUUGUCAUCGUCGUUGUCGGGCUGUUCAGUGUUGUCCUGGAGCUUUUGACCAAAGACUCUGUUGAGACAAAGGAGGAAGCGGAGGCGGGUGCGGCUGCGGCGGCGGCUGCGGCGGCGGCUGCGGCGGCAGCGCUCCACCCCUCCGCCCAAGGCCACGGGGGAAAGUCGGGCGGCUUCGACGUCAAAGCCCUCCGAGCCUUCCGUGUGCUGCGACCCCUACGCCUGGUCUCAGGAGUGCCCAGUUUACAGGUUGUGUUGAACUCCAUUAUUAAAGCCAUGGUUCCUCUCCUCCACAUCGCCCUGCUGGUCCUGUUUGUCAUCAUCAUCUACGCCAUCAUCGGCCUUGAGCUCUUCAUUGGUAAAAUGCACGCUACCUGCUUCUUCCCCAGCACAGGCAUGAUAGCGGAGGACGAGCCGGCUCCAUGUGCGAUCUCAGGGCACGGGCGCCAGUGUCCCAUCAAUGGCACCGAGUGCAGGGAGGGCUGGCACGGCCCCAACGACGGCAUCACCAACUUUGACAACUUCCUGUUCGCCAUGCUGACCGUGUUCCAGUGUAUCACCAUGGAAGGCUGGACGGACGUGCUCUACUGGAUGAAUGAUGCUAUGGGUCUAGAGCUUCCAUGGGUCUACUUUGUAUCUCUGGUCAUCUUCGGCUCCUUCUUUGUUCUGAACCUGGUUCUGGGAGUGUUGAGCGGAGAGUUCUCCAAGGAGAGAGAGAAGGCCAAGGCUCGUGGAGACUUUCAGAAACUGAGAGAGAAGCAACAGCUGGAUGAGGACCUCAAGGGCUACCUGGACUGGAUCACUCAGGCCGAGGACAUCGAUCCAGAGAACGAGGACGAGGAGGGCUACGAGGAGGGCAAACGCAACCGGGUGACUCUGGCUGACCUCACAGAGAAGAAGAAAGGAAGCAGGUUUGGGUGGUUCAGCCAGUCCUCCGACACUCAUGUGAGUAUACCAGCCAGUGAGACGGAGUCGGUGAACACAGAGAACGUGGCCGAGGAUGAGGUGAAGACACCGUGCUGCGGACCUUUUUGUCAAAAAAUUUCAAAGUCAAAGUUCAGUCGGCGCUGGCGUCGCUGGAACAGGUUCUGCCGCAGAAAGUGCCGGGUGGCGGUGAAAUCGGUGCCUUUCUAUUGGCUGGUGAUCAUCCUGGUGUUUCUCAACACGCUCACCAUCUCCUCCGAGCACUACAACCAGCCUGACUGGCUCACACAAGUACAGGACGUGGCAAACAAGGUUCUGCUGGGCAUGUUUACGUGUGAGAUGAUGACCAAGAUGUACAGUCUGGGCCUGCAGGCCUACUUUGUGUCCCUGUUCAACCGAUUUGACUGCUUCGUGGUGUGUGGAGGCAUCACCGAGACCAUCCUGGUGGAGCUGGCCAUCAUGUCUCCUCUGGGCAUCUCCGUGUUCCGCUGUGUCCGCUUGCUCAGGAUCUUCAAGGUCACACGCCACUGGCAGUCUCUCAGUAACUUGGUGGCGUCGCUGCUCAACUCCAUGAAGUCCAUCGCCUCCCUGCUGCUCCUGCUCUUCCUCUUCAUCAUCAUCUUCUCCCUGCUGGGUAUGCAGGUGUUCGGGGGCAAGUUCAACUUCGACGAGACGCAGACCAAGAGGAGCACCUUCGAUAACUUCCCCCAGGCACUGCUCACUGUGUUUCAGAUCCUGACAGGUGAAGACUGGAACGCUGUGAUGUAUGACGGCAUCAUGGCGUACGGCGGCCCUUCUUCCUCGGGGAUGAUCGUCUCCUUCUACUUCAUUAUCCUCUUCAUCUGCGGAAACUACAUCCUGCUGAACGUCUUCUUGGCUAUCGCUGUGGACAACCUGGCAGACGCAGAGUCUCUCAACGCUCCAGGAGACAAAAAGGACGAGAAAAAGGAAGAGGCACCAGUGGAGGAGGAAGAGGAGAAUGCUGCAGCAGAGGAGGAGGAGGAGCCAGAGGUUCCAGCAGGGCCACGCCCAGCCAUCUCUGAGCUGGUUAAGAAGGAGAAGAUCACCCCCAUCCCUGACGGCAGCGCUUUCUUCAUCUUCAGCAAGACCAACCCGAUCCGGGUGGGAUGUCAUAGACUCAUCAACCACCACAUCUUCACCAAUCUCAUCCUGGUCUUCAUCAUGCUCAGCUCUGUCUCCCUCGCUGCAGAGGACCCCAUACGCAACUUCUCCGCACGCAACAUCGUCCUAGGCUAUGCAGAUUAUGUCUUCACUAGCAUGUUUACAUUUGAGAUCAUGUUGAAGAUGACCACAUACGGAGCGUUCCUCCAUAAAGGGGCGUUCUGUAGGAACACCUUCAACCUGCUGGAUCUGCUGGUGGUGGGGGUCUCCCUGGUCUCCUUCUGCAUCCAGUCCUCCGCCAUCUCUGUGGUGAAGAUUCUGAGAGUCCUGCGAGUGCUCAGGCCCCUGAGGGCCAUCAACCGAGCCAAGGGCCUCAAGCACGUGGUCCAGUGUGUGUUCGUGGCCAUCAGGACCAUCGGUAACAUCAUGAUCGUCACCACGCUGCUGCAGUUCAUGUUCGCCUGCAUAGGGGUGCAGCUCUUCAAGGGGAAGUUUUACCGCUGCACGGACGAAGCCAAGUCUGGCCCCGACGAUUGCAAGGGCACCUACAUCCUUUAUAAGGACGGGGACGUGAACCAGCCGUUCGUCCAUAAGAGAGUGUGGCACAACAGCGAGUUCAACUUUGACAACGUGCUCAUGGCCAUGAUGGCUCUGUUCACGGUGUCUACCUUCGAGGGCUGGCCUUCGUUGCUCUACAAGGCCAUAGACUCGAACAGGGAGAACCUGGGUCCCAUCUACAACUACCGCAUCGAGAUCUCCAUCUUCUUCAUCAUCUACAUCAUCAUCAUCGCCUUCUUCAUGAUGAACAUCUUUGUGGGUUUCGUCAUCGUUACGUUCCAGGAGCAGGGAGAGAAAGAGUACAAGAACUGUGAGCUGGAUAAGAACCAGCGUCAGUGUGUGGAGUAUGCCCUGAAGGCCCAUCCGUUGAGGAGGUACAUCCCUAAGAACCCCUACCAGUAUAAGUUCUGGUACGUGGUCAACUCCACCGGGUUUGAGUACAUCAUGUUCGUCCUCAUCAUGCUCAACACACUCUGCCUGGCUGUGCAGCACUAUGGCCAGUCUGCGACAUUUAACUAUGUGAUGGACAUCCUCAACAUGGUCUUCACUGCUGUUUUCACUGCGGAGAUGGUGCUCAAACUCAUCGCCUUCAAACCCAGGCACUAUUUCACUGAUGCGUGGAACACGUUUGAUGCCUUAAUUGUAGUUGGUAGCGUCGUUGAUAUUGCUAUCACUGAAGUGAACCCAACGGAGGCUCCUCAGGUGGAUGAGUCGGGGAACACGGAGGACAACGCCCGCAUCUCCAUCACCUUCUUCCGCCUCUUCCGAGUCAUGCGAUUGGUCAAACUGCUGAGCAGAGGGGAGGGGAUCCGCACCCUCCUGUGGACCUUCAUCAAGUCUUUCCAGGCUCUGCCAUAUGUUGCCCUUCUGAUCGCCAUGCUCUUCUUCAUCUAUGCUGUCAUUGGCAUGCAGGUGUUUGGGAAGAUAGCCAUGGUGGACGGCACCCACAUCAACCGGAACAACAACUUCCAGACCUUCCCUCAGGCCGUGUUGCUGCUCUUCAGGUGUGCCACGGGCGAGGCGUGGCAGGAGAUCAUGUUGGCGUGUAUUUCGGGAAAGCUGUGUGACCCAGAGUCGGACUACAACCCUGGGGAGGAGAUGACCUGUGGCGCCAGCUUCGCCUACAUCUACUUCAUCAGCUUCUACAUGCUCUGUGCCUUCCUGAUUAUCAAUUUGUUUGUGGCGGUCAUCAUGGACAACUUUGACUACCUGACUCGCGAUUGGUCCAUCCUGGGUCCUCACCACUUGGACGAGUUCAAGAGGAUUUGGUCUGAGUACGACCCAGAGGCCAAGGGCAGGAUUAAACAUCUGGACGUGGUCACUCUGCUCCGACGCAUCCAGCCUCCCCUGGGCUUCGGCAAACUCUGCCCUCAUAGAGUGGCCUGCAAGAGACUGGUGGCCAUGAACAUGCCUCUAAACAGCGACGGCACCGUCAUGUUCAAUGCGACGCUGUUUGCGUUAGUACGCACCGCCCUGAAGAUCAAAACAGACGGUAAUCUGGAGCAGGCCAACGAGGAGCUGAGAGCCGUCAUCAAGAAGAUCUGGAAGAGGACCAGCAUGAAACUGCUGGAUCAAGUGGUGCCCCCUGCUGGUGAUGAUGAGGUAACCGUGGGGAAGUUCUAUGCCACCUUCCUGAUACAGGACUACUUUAGGAAAUUCAAGAAACGUAAAGAGGAGGGCCUGGUGGGGGUGCACGCCUCCCAGAGCAACACAGCCAUCGCUCUACAGGCUGGCCUUCGCACGCUACAUGAUAUUGGGCCCGAAAUUCGACGAGCGAUAUCAUGUGACCUGCAAGAUGAGGAGCUAGUAGACUUUAUUCCAGAGGAGGACGAGGAGAUUUAUAGGCGCAAUGGUGGCCUGUUCGGUAACCACGUCAACCAUGUGAACGGGGACCACCACCGGCGCUCAUCAGGGCAACAGACCAACACCACCCAGAGGCCCCUGCAGGUGCAGCCACCUCCGCACUAUGCCCACAUGGAGCAGCCGGUGGGGCGUCUCUGCCGGGCCAACGUCAUGUCCCACCAGCACCCCAAUCAGCACCACCACCACCACAACUCCUCAUACGGCAAGUCGCCCAAGUCCACCAACGUCAACCUGAACAACGCCAACGUGUCCAGUCUGCCCAACGGAGGAGGACACCACCACCGUUACUAUGAGUACACUCCGCCCCCCGCCAACGGUUACCCGGGACACCGCGGUGGCCUCUACUACACCGACUUCGACAAGCCGCCACCUCGCGGCACGCCGCAGGGACAAAGGCGCUACUAUGAGACCUAUGUUAGGUCCCACCGGGGAGACGCCCGCCUUCCCACCAUCCGGCGGGAGGAGUUUGAUGAUGACAGGUACUCGGGAGAGUACUACAGCGGGGAGGAGUUCUACGAGGAUGACAGCAUGUUGUCAGGAGACAGAAGGUCCUAUAUGGAACACGUGGACAGGUACCAGAACAGUGACACGGAGUACGAGACGCCGAGAGGCUACCAUCACCCCAACAGUUACUACAACGACGAUGAGCAACCCCUCUACCAAGACGGAAGGAGGUCGCCUAAGAGACGGAUGCUUCCUGCCACGCCCCAAGGUCACAGGAGGCCCUCCUUCAACUUUGAGUGUCUAAGAAGGCAAGGCAGUCAGGACGAGCUGCCACACCAACGCACUGCUCUACCACUGCACCUAAUGCAGCACCAGGUGAUGGCUGUAGCAGGGCUGGACUCCAGCAGAGCCCACCAUCUCUCCCCCUCCCGCUCCACCCGCUCCUGGACCACUCCCCCCGCCACUCCGUCCAGUAAGGAGCAGUCUCCCUACUACACGCCCCUCAUCCGGGUGGAUCACCCCGGACGCAGAGUGUCUGAAUCUCCUCUUCUCUUCGGGGAGAGUGCCAUCAGCAGCCAGGUGCCUCUGAGGAAGAGCUCUUGGUACACAGAUGACCCAGAGUACUCCCAGGGGAUCUAUUCCCCCGUCCACCUCCAGGUGGCCCCGGAGUACCACCAGCAGCGCAAUCAGAAGAGCGCCACCAGCUUGGUGGAGGCGGUGUUGAUAUCAGAGGGUCUCGGGAGAUACGCCAUGGAUCCAAAGUUUGUGGCCGCCACCAAGCACGAGAUAGCGGACGCGUGCGAGAUGACCAUCGACGAGAUGGAGAGCGCGGCCAGCCACCUGCUGAGCGCUGGCGUGGCGCCGGCGGUUAACGGGGUCCACGUGUACCCCGUCAUGAGCGAGCGGGACUACGACCUCCAAGACGCCACGGCCAGUUAUAGUGAUGAGGAGCCGGAGGUGGAGCUUAGAGUGGUGUACGAGGAGGACCUGGCAGACGAGAUGAUCUGCAUCACCACUUUAUAGCAUCGGCUGGAGAAUAAACGACUAGAAGUGAACUGCUAGCUGUAUGUACUCUACUUAAUAUAGACUACAGCACCGACAGUGGAAAACCCAAUGAGAAAUGCAUCUAUUGGCUUAUGACCAAAAGAAGUGCCUUUUACAUGGAAGAGAAAGGUACCUAUGAGGAGAGAGAGAGAGAGACACACUGGCGCCGCCCACUUAUCCUGUAACUCGCCCUCUGCCAGCCAGGGCAUUCACGUCAACGUCUGUCAAUCACAGGGCCAGGAACCAACCAAUCCUGGUGCCAGGAAACUAUGCUAGUUCCGCCCUCCCAGACCGGCCCUACUGGCACAUGGUGGACCAUGCCCGUAGGUCAUAGGUUACAGUCUGGAAGUGACACAGGCUCAUCAACGAGCCAGUCGCAGAUGAGAACAUGGAGUGUCAGCGGAGGAGGUGGACCUAUUGGCAGAGGGCGUGAGGUACCGGGCCGGGUCAUUAAGGGUGUUGACAAUCAGAUGAAAGAUGUCAUUCUCCUCUGUCACUUUAUUAAGGUUUUGGCAUAUCAUGCAAGUUUUCAAUGCAAGCAUAGAAAGGCAUAUCUCCCCCACCUAACCCCCCUCCCCCUAGCUGUUUUAGUUUAAGAUUAACCAGUUUAAGUAUGCAGGAGAUAUCAGUCACAUUUAUAGCAUCAUCAAACCAGAAUUAUUCACUGAGUGGUAAUGCUGAUUGGCUGACAGCAUUGGUAUAUCAGACCGUAUGCCACAGGUACGACGAAACAUGUAUUUUUGCUGCUCUAAUUACGUUGGUAACCAGUUUAUAAUAGCAAUAAGGCACCUCAGGGGUUUGUGGUAUAUGGCCAAUAUAGUAAUUGUAUUAUUGGACAUAUACCACACCCCCUCGUGCCUUAUUGCUUAAAUAUACACUUCUGAGGUGACUACUAGCAUUUGGGAUAAAUGCACUAGCAGGCAGGUUGUUUUUAGUCUUAGAAUAGCCUGAGAAUUAAUAUUUCAUAGUAGAUACACUGUAAAUGAAUUGUAUUAUAUUAACAAACAAAACAAAAAAACUUUGUAAAGAGAUGUUCUAUAUUUUGUAAUGAUGUACCAUUUCAAAAGGUCAGCAAUACACGCCGUAAUGAGUCCUAUUAUGCUACCAGGAAAGACGUUCGCUGGCGUUAUUAUUUUAUCAGGUACAAUAUUCUGAGAUGAAUUGGUCUUUUUCUUUUGUUGUUGCUCAUAUGCAUCCUUGGCUUGUCUGUGAAAGCGUUUGGUUCUUGGUGUAACAACACAGCUGCACAAGAUAUGCAAAUGUUUUGAUUGUGUUUUUUUUAACUUGUUUUAUGAGCGAGGGUAAGAAACACUUUGUGCGCCCCUCCAACCACACCAGUACCACAACGUUAAGUCCCCCUUUUUACUAAGGGCAUCUUUGUUGGACUUGAAGUUAGCUAGGCUUCAAGGAGGCUACUCCACCUUAAUAAAGAUGUGAUGAUAAACAUUUGUGUUUGCAUAUGUUGUGCAGGGCAGGUGCACAGCACGGGAAGGUCAAAUGCUUUAGUGCAUUGACAACGCUGCUUCGCCCAUUUUGAGAUUCAUUCCACAAUUUCAUUCAUCUCAUCUAUCCCAACUGAAAUGCCUUCUGCUGCUGAAAGAAAACGAUAUGGUCGAAGAAGUGAGAUGAGCGGGGAUCUCUGUCGUUCUCAAUGCUUGUGUUGGGAUUCUUCCUCAAUAUAUGAUUCAUGCCAGUUAAUUCCACCGAACCCUUUCAAAUGGAAUCAUCCUAAUCACUUGGCCUUCAUGUUGUUGCUGUGUGAGGCUUGUGACAGACUGAGCCUGUGUGAGCCAGGAUAGACCGGAUUGGCAUGGUAGCUGACUGGUGAGGCACGUAAUUCAUCAGGGGUGUUCAUAGGACAGAUGAGACCUUAAUGAGGCAUCAUGGUCUAGGUGGGUCCACAGUCUCUGCCAUUGUUCUCUUUUUUUCUGUUGUGUUGUCGUGUCUUAUUGGGUUUAAGCUGAGAGAGAGGCUAAGCAAUACUAAACCCCACUCUUCUCCGCGUCUCUCCGGCUUCUCUCUGCAUACGCUAUACCACGUGGUGGUCCAGCACCGUCUGGGGAAAACAUAUCAGCCUCCCUCUCAACCAACCAGUCUCUUUCCCACAGUGAGCUUCUCCUUCCAAUGAGAAGGGAGCGUUUGUAGUGCGGCUCGUUUUUACCAGAAAACUCCACUCUUGUGGAUCUUGACGAAAGUUGAAAAUUGAUGGACCACAAAAUGACUUUACGCAAACAGACAAAAAUAUAGACGACAAAGGAUCAAGCUUUUUUUCCCCAGGCGCUGCCCUGGAGAUUUUGAAUAAGCUCAGACGAUGGGUAGGUGAGGAGACGUGUGAUCUGUAGUUCAUGAGGGUUUGAUUUGUAGUUCACGAGUUCGCAAUGCGUUCUCAGUCAACCGAAUACUGUCGUGAAAAUGUAGGUUUUCCACUUUGCGUGCACAUUGAAAGGGCUCUUUGAAUCGUUUGUGAGUUAAAAAAAAAAAAAAAAGUGUUCUGGUCUUUUUGUUGAUAACUAUCUUGUGAAAGGACCAAUGCGAAUUCCAGGCACAUUGUACUAUUCGUAGCAAUUACUGAACUGAAAAUAUGCAUUGUUUUGUAAACACUUGUGUUAAGCAAAAGAUAAAACCAAUUUACUUUUACCUCAUGUCAGGGAUUCCUGAAAAAAGAAAAGAGAAAAUGAGUUGGUUCUAUACCAAUGGUAUUUAAAUAUUAGCACAUAGCUGUUUGUCUUUGCACAAGUAACUGUAUAGUACCAAUGUUUCUCAUUUUUCUAUACAAAUGUUUGUGUAUUAAGGUGAGACAAUUUUGUACUUUUUUGUGACUGUGUGUAUGGUUUAGUGAAAUCUAUAUUUGUCAUUUACACCUCACCUGACAUUGCUGGGACAGAAAUAUGAAAGAACCAAUGAAAUAUAACAUUUUCAAGGUGCACUGUUCCUCUGUUUGUGGGUUAAAAAUGGUCAUAUACCUGUGGUAAUAUACCAGUUUACAGAGAAAGACUUGUUGCAUCGUUUUCCUUCUAUCAUUAUAAUUAUUAGGAUUACUAUUACUACUAUUACUGUUAUUAAAUAUGUAAUAAAACAAAUGUAUGGAAAGACCCGUGGCAAUGUUCUCUACUUGAAAGUCCCCCCAAAAUUUGCUCUGUAAUGUUUUUAUUCAGUAAACAUGAUUUAUCUUAGUAGCAAAUGCGUUAUUUUGACAUUCUAGGUUUUGUAUUAACACAUUUUUUUUUUUGUAUUUUCCCAUUUUAUUUUGGCCUUGAAAUCAUUUGAAUCGAUAAUAUUUUAUUUUCUAAUGAUUAUUACUGAAUAAACUUACACUGAAAUUCUG